UCCACGGCGCGUGCGCGUCCGCGCGCGCGCAUCGCGACGCUCGGGACGAUCGGUCGCGUUCGCGAGCGCGUUCGCGAGCGCGCGCGGGGCGCGAUUCGGUCGAGGCGCGACGCGAACGCUUCGGGACGUCGACAUGCGGGCGGAUGAAGUCGCGCGGUGCCUGGCCGAGACGCUCUCGCCCGACGCCGUCGCGCGCGCCGAGGCGCAGCGCGCGAUCGAGCGCAUGGGAGGCGAACCGGGGUUCGCGGAGACGCUGGCGUCGAUCGCGCUGCGCGGCGUCGAGGGCGCGGUGGUGGACAUCAGCACGAGACAGCUGAGCGCGGUGCUGCUGAAGAAACACGUGCGAGAACACUGGAACGCGCUGGAUGAAAGGUUCGUCGCGCCGGAAUUGACGGAAGCGGAGAAGCAAGGGUUGAAAACAGUGCUCCCGAAGGGACUGGCGGAUGAGUCGAGCAAGAUGCGCACGGCGUUCGCGGCGGGGAUCGCGCAGGCGGCGGCGAGCGACGGCGCGAUUUGGGACGAGCUGACGACGACGUUGGUGGAAGGAAUACGAGCGAAACGAUCGAGGUCGGAGGUUUUGGGGUGCUUGAAGUGUUAUGAGAUUAUUGCGGGGGAGAUUGACGCGAAGGAUGUCGCCACGGUGGGGCCGACGUUGUUUCCAGAGUUGUUGACGCUGGCGAGGCACGGAGAGGACGGCGCGCUACGGAGGCGAGCGGAAACGGCGUUUUCGUCGACAGUGAGCGCGUUGACCACGCUCACGGGGACGGAGCAAAAGGAAAUGCGAGACAUGUUGUUACCGUAUUUGCCCACGUGGUUGGAGACCGUAGCGAUCGCGUUGGAGGGAAUGCCGAAUCCGAACAAUUUCGACGCGUUGGCUUCGACCAUGGCGGCGCUCACGAGUCUCGCGCUCGCGGUGCAGUACUUUACCAAGCCCGCGGGCGAGGCGCUGAUGCCGGCUUUAUCCCGUGGGGCGAUAAUGUUUCACACCAUAGCGCCAGUUUGGGCGAAAUACUCAGAGGAGACGGAUCACUUGGAUCCGGGCAUGGAUAGCGACGGCGACACGGUGAGUUUCGAGGCGGUGGUCACAGAACUCCUGGAGCUCGUCAUCAACAUCGCGGAGCAGCCUAAGUUGAAUAAGCUGCUCGAGCCGAAUUUAGCGGAUACGUUGUACGUCACGAUGGGUUACAUGACGAUGAGCUCAUCGCAAGAGGAGAUGUGGAUGGAUGAUCCGAACCAGUUCGUCGCGGACGAGGACGACGAUUUCGGCAAUGUGCGUGCCGCGUGCGGUCUCAUGCUUGAUUCUCUCGGAGAAAGAUUCGGCGUAAAGGCGGUCGCUGCGCUCUGGAACGCAUCAAAUAGACGAUUGGCGGAGUCCAUAUCGGCGCAACAAACCGGUGACUCGAUGUGGUGGCGACCGCGAGAAGCGGCGCUCCUCGCCGUGGGCACGAUGAACGAGGUCGUCUUGUCGAGCCUGGAGCGCGCGCAAGAAAAGGGCAAACCCGCACCUUUCGACAUCGCCGCUUUCAUGAAAACGGUGAUUGAGAACGAUUUGCACGAGAGCACGGCGGCGUCGGCGCCGUUCUUGCGUGGCCGAGCGUUGUGGGUCACGGCUCGCCUAUCGAGCGGCGUGCCGACGGAGAUGGCGGAUGCCAUUCUCAGAGCUUCGGUAAGUUCGCUGGCGCCCGGUUUAGCGCCACCACUGCGUAUUGGUGCGUGCCGCGCGAUCGCUGAGUUUUUACCGAUCGCGAAGAAGGAAGUGACGACUCCGUACAUUGGUGAAAUUUACAAAGGCUUGGGCAAUUUGCUCGUCGACGCCGGCGAAGAGACUCUGCAUCUCAUUUUAGAAGCCAUGCUCGUGCUCAUUAAGGCUGACUCCGACGCUGCAGCGGCGUGGUUGAGCGCACUCGCGCCGGCGGUGGUGAAAAUAUGGGCGGAGUACGUCCGAGAUCCCUUGGUGAGCGCAGAUACCACCGAGGUGUUUGAGGCGCUCGCGGAGAUUCCUGCGUGCCAGGCGCAGUUGCACACCAUGCUCGUGCCGACGCUUUCGCACAUACUCGCAUCGCCGAGCGAACAACCUGAAAUGUUAGUGGAGGCGACGCUCGAUCUAUUGACAAUCAUUCUUCGCCCGGCGUCGCCUGAGACGGCCAAGGCUACGCACGACGUGUGCUUCAAGUACGUGUGCGGUCUCAUCAUGCAGAGCGACGACGCCGGCGUGAUGCAGGGUGCGUCCGAGACGUUACGCGCAUUUCUUCGCGCGGGAAAAGAGAACAUGCUCGAGUGGGGUAGUGGUGACCCGACCGUGGGCGGUGGCGACGUGUUGCGCGCGAUGUUUGAAGCCGCGUCGCGCUUGUUGGAUCCAAAUUUGGAGGACAGCGCAAGUCUGUACGCGGCACCUUUGCUGUGUCAAAUGCUUCGUCGUUUGCCGACCAAGGUGGGCCCGGUGCUUCGCGAUAUCACGGCUGCGGUCGUGGCGCGCUUGCGCUCUUCAAAGCAGCCCAAUCUGUCGGCGUCGUUGUUGACGGUGUUCGCGCGCAUCGUGCACGUGGACGCCAACGCGUUCAUCGAGCUCUUGAUGUCGCUUCCGAGCGGCGGUGACGAGCCGAACGCGUUCGAUUUCGUCAUGCGACAGUGGUCAGAGAAGCAAUGCGAUGUACACGGUUCGUUUGACAUCAAGUUGACCACGACCGCGCUCGGUUUGCUUCUCAACACGCAGAGUCCAGCGUUGCACGCCGUCGUCGUCAAGGGCCAGCUCGUGGAGACGCCCGCGGAGAGCGGCCGCAUUCGCACGCGCGCGCGCGCUCAAGCCAACGGCCCAGAAGUCUGGACCCAAAUCCCACUCUCCGCCAAAAUAGUCGAACUCUUAGCCGACGUCCUCAUCGAGUACGCCGAAGGCAUGGCCGGCGCCGAAGACGACGAAGACGAAUGGGAGGAGGAGCGCGACGACGACGAAGACGACCCCGACGACGCCGCAGACGACGACGACUUCACCGGCGAGGAAAAGGAAUUCACCGGCGACUUAUUCGAGCGUCUUCUCAUGCGCGGCGGUCUCGACGCGUUCGAUCCCGACGACGCCGACGAGGCCGAGGAUCCCGUGAACGACAUCGACGUUCGCGCCUUCGUCGUCGGCGGCUUUCGCGCGCUCCACGCAUCCGGCGUCCUCGCCCCGCUCGCGCAGUCCAUCGCCACCAGGCACCAGCGCGCCAUUCACGACGCGCUCACGCAUCAGUAA